AUGCCUGCAACAAAUGGUCUGCUGCCAGAGAACCCAGCCUGGAUCUGCCAGACCUUCAAAAACCAGCCUUUCUAUGCCACCUUGUAUGACAAAAAGGAGCGUAUUCCCGUGUACUCUGCUUACAUCUACCAGUUUGACGCUGGCAAGAGAGUUACACCAUUAUGGAUGGUUGAGCCCCAGCUGAUACGUGACAAUUUGCCCAAAGAUAUGGAAACAGAGGCAACCCUCAGAGAAACUUACUCAGUCAGCCAAGAUGAUAUCAGCGAGAGCCAGGCUGUCUACCAAGACUACCUUAAACUUAAGGGUUUGGACCGUGGCCAUUUGAACCCCGCUUCCCAUCACGACACCCAGGAAGGCAGGGACGCGACCUUCACCCUCACCAACAUAGUGCCCCAGAACACUGCACUCAACAACGGCGCCUGGAACCGCUAUGAGAUGAAAACAAUGCCCAAGAAAAGCAAGGACUGUAAAACCACCUAUGCCAUUGUGGGUGCUGUGCCUGGGAACUCCUCCAUCGCUGAUGGGAGGGUUAAUGUACCCAGCCACAUCUGGGCCAGCGCCUGCUGCAAGACCAACAACAACACCAUGAGUGCUUGGGCUGCCAUUGCUGAGAACGAUAAGGACAAGAUCCGGGUCCUCAAGCUGGGGGCACUGGAGGAAAAGUUGGCUGAGCUGUAUAACAGGGGACCGGUUUCUCUGUUCCACAUGGACUGUCCCCGUACAUAA